GACAUGUGACGCGUGCGCUCGGGCCGUGCCUCCAGUCAGUCAGGGAGUCGCUGACUAGUCUGUUCGGAGAGACUGGCAGUAUCCACGGCGGCAGCGCUCUCGGAUUUGGUGCUACGUUCCUCUUCCAAACGUAGUCUUUUCUUCUCUGAGGAAUUAAAUUUAUGAUCAUGGGUGACAAGAAGAGCCCAACCAGGCCAAAAAGGCAAGCCAAACCUGCGGCAGACGAAGGAUUUUGGGAUUGUAGUGUCUGCACCUUUAGGAACAGUGCUGAAGCUUUCAAAUGCAGCAUCUGUGAUGUGAGAAAAGGGACAUCCACCAGGAAACCUAGAAUAAAUUCUCAACUAGUUGCUCAGCAGGUUGCUCAGCAGUACGCCACACCGCCACCACCUAAAAAGGAAAAAAAAGAAAAGGCUGAAAAACAGGAUAAAGAAAAAUCUGAGCAUGAAAAACUUGACCAUGAGAAACACGACCUUGAAAAACCUGAGAAAGAGAAGCCAGACAAUGAAAAACAAGAGCAAGAAAAAAAUGAACAAGAAAAAGAAAUCAGCCCAGCUCCUGCAAAAAAGAUCAUCAGCAAAAAAACAAAACCCAAGUCCGAUAUACAUUCAGGUCCGAUGAGCGAAGCAAACAAUGUGCAGUUGGGGAAUGCAACAACAAAGACAAAUGAUUCACUCUCUUCACGGCCCAGACUGAAAAAUGUGGACAGAAGUACUGCACAGCAGCUUGCAGUUACAGUGGGGAAUGUCACAGUAAUCAUCACAGACUUUAAAGAAAAGACACGAUCAACCUCCACAUCAUCUUCCACAGUGACCUCCAGUGCAGGGUCAGAACAACAGAACCAGAGCUGCUCUGGAUCUGAGAGCACAGACAAAGGAUCAUCACGUUCUUCAACACCUAAGGGUGACCUGUCCGUAGUGAAUGAUGAAUCUUUCUGAGGACAACACAUGAAUAUCUGGAUACUAUGGACUGGGGUAUGAAAUUCAGAAUACUCCACCUGCCCAUGCUGUUUGCAUCCUUGGAGAUUCUUCUGUGCUUGAACAUGCUUUUAUAAACUUCUCUCUCCUGUUGAAUGCUGCCAGGAAGAUUUCAACUUGUCAUGGGCAUCUGGCUACUAUGGAAUUUCGCACCCUGAUAAAUACUCCUGACACUUUUUAUGUAUUCAUUGUUUUAUAUAAUUUUCCUAACAAUCAUUUAUAAACGGAUGUGCGUCUGAAUAUACUUUUUUAUAAAAUCUGAUGUGCACAGUUUUCCAUGUACAUUAUAACUGUUUUACUUUGUUUUUAUUUAUUGCAUUUGCAAACUCCAUCCUUUACAUUCAUGGACGUUCAUGGAUUCCAUCCUUUUAUAUAUUUUUUUUUUCUUACUUUUGUGUGUCCUGUGAGUAUAGUUUCUUAAUUAUCAAACAUUUUUUUUCUUUUUAUUCAAAUUGAAAUGUCUGAAAACAAUACAAACACUGGUGCUUGAUACACUGUGAAGUGAAACAAAGCAUUGAAUACCUACAGGUCUGAGAUAGUUUUGUACAUUUUAUUAAAUAAGGGGCUUAAGACGGAGAUGAACCACUGUUAUACAAACAAAUAUAGUAAAUGGUAAGUAUCUGCAUUAAGCCUUUGUUUCCCCAUACCUUGGACAUUUCCUUAAGAUUAAAUUGGACCUUAAAUUAACUACACCUAAGAUUUUUAACCUUGCCAGCUCCACAGCAACCUGCAAUUGUUACACUUAAAUGACUUUGACUGCCUGGUACUGAUAAUAAAACAGCAUUAUCUGUGCUAGUAAAAUGCA